AUGGAGGUAGUCGACCCCGCGACGGGAGCCGCCCUCCCCGCGGACGCCAUCCAGCGCGUCCUCUUCCUCACCAACACGACCCACGUCUACAACAUCCCACCUCUACCCUCGACCCGCGGCCACAUGGCAGCCGCGUGGACCGAGGAUCCAUCGCGACACAUCUUCACGGCGCGCCUGCGCCUCCUCGAGACGAGCUCCGCCGACGCCGACCUGCUCAAGGUGGACCUGGUGCUGGAGGACGCCUCGUCGGGUGCUCUGUUCGCCGCGGCGCCCUACGCCAACCAGUCGUCUGUCGAGCCCGUCAUCGACAGCUCCCGCUUCUUCGCCAUCACCGUGCGCGAUCCGUCGGGCCGCAAGGCCGUCCUCGGCAUAGGCUUCGAGGAGCGCUCCGACGCCUUCGACUUCGCCGUCGCCCUGCAGGCCGCGCGCAGGGCGCUGGGGUGGGAAGGCCCCGCUGCCACCGUCGCCGGCGCACCGUCCAGGGCGGACGAGCCGAGGGACUACAGCCUCAAGGACGGGGAGAAGAUCACGGUUAAUAUCGGCGCCAAGGGCCUAGGCAGGAGACGUCCGCGCAACGACGAUGAGACGCCAGCCUCGUCAGAGAAUCUGCAGUCGUUUGCCCUAGCGCCGCCGCCGCCGCCGCCGGCCGCCACCACCACUCCUGAUACCGGAGGCGACGGUGGUGCCUUCAGCUUGCCCCCGCCGCCCAGUGCCACCGAUGCGAGGAGGAAACGUCGGUCUGUGCAGCAGCUGGGCUUUGAUGAUGGUCAGUUUGGCGAGUUUGCCUAA